AGUUUUUAUUCAGCUGCAUUUCGUUCUUUCAUGGGAGAAAAUUUAUGUGGACCAAACAAAAACAACUCCGGUAAAUAGAGCACUCUUCCCAGUAGUGUAGUGAGUUUAGCGAACAGGAAUAGUUCAUAUGCUUCUUUUUGUACAGCAAUGAAUAAGCAUUUAGUGAAUUUGACAAAGCGAAUAUCAGCUUACGCCAUGAAGGGGGACGUGGGACGUGCAAGAGUACUGUUCGAUGAAAUGCGUCACAGAGAUGCCGUUUCUUGGAAUGUUAUGAUCAAGUCGUAUAUAGAAAACAACAGAUUAGAUGAUGCAAGAGAGCUGUUCGACGAAAUGCCUGAGAGAACCUCGUAUUCUUGGAAUUCUAUGAUCAUGGGUUACAUAAAGGGCAACAAGCUCUACAUUGCGUUGAAGCUCUUUACAGUUAUGCCGGAGAAAGAUGUUGUGAGUUGGACAGCUAUCAUCACGGGGAUGUGUCGGGCAUCGAGAGUUGAUGAGGCGUGGAGGUUGUUCAAGCAAAUGCCAGAAGCUAAUUCGAUUUCGUGGUCCUCAAUUGUGUCAGGGUUUCAGCAGAAUGGAUUUCCCCUGGAAAGUUUACAUGUGUUCAAGGAAAUGCUGGUGGCUGGGUUCCACCCAACUUCUCAUUCAAUCACUAGUGCUUUGGCUGCCUGUGCUGAUUCGGCCACGCUCUCUGUGAGCGAGCAGGCGUAUUCCCAGCUCUACAAACGGGGGUUCAACACCAACACGCGGAUUGGGAAUUCAGCGAUUUCCAUGUUCAUCAAGAGCGGCAGCUUUGAAAACGCGAGGAAUGUCUUUAUCCAGCUGGAUAAACCUGAUACCGUCACUUGGAAUUCUAUGAUCAUGGGCUAUGCACAGCAUGGCCAUGGUGUAGCAGCAAUGGCUAUGUUCCACCAGAUGCAAAAAGCUCGGUUUUUGCCCGACAGAAUCAGCUUUCUGGGAGUUCUGCAGGGUUGCAGCCACUCUGGACUUGUACAUGAAGGGAAACAACAUUUUCUUGCAAUGCAGACUGACUAUGGGAUUUCACCAGGACCCGAGCAUUUCGCGGGCCUGGUGGACCUUCUAUCGCGCGCUGGGGAGCUCGAAGAGGCGAACGAGAUCAGAUAUUGAAACUUGAACCAUAUAAUUCCAGUGCUUGUUUGAUGGUUAUUGACAUGUAUGCUUUGGCUGGGAAAUGGAAGGAGGUUGCAGAGAUGAGGAGGCAUAUGGAGAGGGAAAGAGAAAGCAGAAAAGAGUUG